AUGCGAAACAACCAACAGCUCAAGCCGCUGGGCAGGGGCCACUACGGCGUAGUCAGACGGUGCAUCAGCAUCAAGACAGGGCAACAGUUCGCAAUGAAGACCAUCAGGAAGGCGAGAGUGUCCCGGGUCGAGAGCCUGCUGCGGGAGGUGCAGAUACUGCGCAAGGUCAGCCAUCCCAACAUCAUCGAGCUGGUGGACGUGUACGAGGAUGAGAUGAAUCUGCACUUGGUUACCGAGCUCUGUACCGGCGGCGAGCUGUUCGACCGCAUCCUCGAGAAGACCGAGUCCGAGGAAGGGAGGUACAGCGAGCGCGACGCCAUGACGCUGGUGACCAAGAUACUGUCGGCGAUUGCCUACUGCCACGACGAGCACAACAUCUGCCACCGGGACCUCAAGCCCGAAAACUUCUUGUUCAAGGAUAAAGCCGACGACUCAGAGCUCAAGAUCAUCGACUUCGGUCUUUCGCGGUUCGAGGAGACCGACCAGAUCAUGACCACGCGGGUCGGCACUCCCUACUGCGUGCAUACUAUGCCGUCGAAGUGUAGUCUUGGUCCGAUGGACAAGCCCCUCCAGCUCAGCAGCAGGCUCCGGAGGUUCACGGGCAUGAGCAACCUCAAACGGGCGGCUCUCAACGUCAUCGCGAAUCAGCUCACGGAGGCCGACAUAGGGCACCUCCGGGACGCGUUCCGAGAGAUCGACGCCGACAACAACGGGUCCAUCUGCGUGGACGAGCUCAAGAUGGUCGUCAAGAAGGAAGUUGGUCGUGAUGCCUGGAGGGCACGUGGAGUGCUUGAGCCAUGGACUGCCCCGUCAUCCAAAGCCGUCACCGGCUAUAAGUCCCGUCUACUGAUGUCGAUCCAACUAUCUGUCAUGUGCGUACCCAUGCAAUGCACCGCACAGGAGUUCCUUGCGGCGACGAUCGACCGGAACGUCUUCAUUCGGGAAGACAACGUUAGGAGAGCUUUCCAGCACUUCGACAUCGAGGGCUCGGGGAGCAUCACCCUGGCGAAUCUCGUCAGCAUAUUCGGCAGCGAAGACCACGCCCGAGAGAUUGUCGGCGACAUCGACCUGGACGGGGAUGGGGAGAUAUCCUUCGACGAGUUUCGACAGAUGAUGGAGGAAGACCAAACGACGACGACGGCGACAGCGACUUUCAAGAAGCCGGUUGAUUCCGCCGCCGCCGCCGCGGUCCCUACAACGGCUGCACUCACAGGGGCGUGAGCGCAAGCGCUGCUGUAAGACGACCACAGACGGAGUUUGGCACAGGAAAGAAGGAGAGGUUUGAUGAAGGUUUGUUGGAUGUUUUGAUGCUGCUGGUACCGUCGUGUGCCGUCGGUGCUUAGCGCAAUUCUCUCACGGAGGGGGGGGUAGAGCUGCUGCUGCUGCUGCCGCGUGGUGUGCAUGCAGGCAGGCAGGUGUAGAUACUGACGGUAACCGCGCAAUACCCACGCGUACGAGCCUUACAUCGCCGGCUGCGAUGCUGUUCUCGCUGGCCGGUUACGCCUGCUGUUUCUCUCGCUAACCACUCUUGUAAUUGUACCUGUUUGCUCGCUGUGUCGGUGAUGUCUAUAUUUUUUGCUCGUCGGUGUUG